GUCUCCAGCUAUCGAGCAUGGCUUUCAUCGGAUACGGACACAGAACUGGCAGACUUUUUCAAGGGGACCGGCAUCAUCAUCCCAGCGGAGUUUGGCUGGGAGCUCUUGCGGCCUGAAGCGACGUCGUUCGACUUUGACCGGACGCAGCGGAAGGCACUCUUUUCAGACUUGACGACGAGAUAUCUGCAG